AAAAUGAGACAUUUGUUGUUGAAUUUUGCAACUACACUUUCUUUUCCAUGGAGAUAGUAACAGCGACCAGCAUUUGUCAGGGUAUACUUUUUGGUGUUAUAAUACUGCUGGCCUUUCUUGGCAAUCUCCUCGUUAUAGUCAGUGUUCUCAGGACCAAAACACUGCGAAGAAAGUAUGCCUACUAUUUUGUGGUCAGUCUUGCUCUUGCAGAUCUGUUGGUAUCUGUGGGAGCAAUGGUCUUUAAUGCAAUCAAAGUUAUUCACAACGGACACUGGUUCUUUGGGUAAGAACUACAGUGGAACUUAUAAAAACGGUGGAAUAGGAAGACGACAUUUAAGCAAUCUUAUCUGUACUUAAAUGUUACAUUAAAGCGGCGUAUAAUUGCAUGCUGUGUUUUUCUAUCAUUGUACUAUUCAAAAUCAUAACUGGAGUCUAUACCAAUUGUCUUCCGAUUUCGCAACUUUCUAUGUCCCACUUCUUAAAGUUAUAGUUGUAAGAUAACGCUGCAGAUAAUCUGUUAAUAAUUAAGAAUUAGAUAAUAGCGUAUGAAAUAAUAUAAUAGGAUUUUUUAAUAUAACAAGUUUUAUUUUUCAAUCGUUGAAAUAAGGAAUAUUUAUAGUUUGCAGAAAAACUACCUUUCAAAACAACCUUAAUACACACAUUUUUCUCUAACAGUUUAUUAUUAACUCUCUUGGAAAACCAGCUUUAUCUUAAAACUAAAAGGCAAUCUACUCAACGUACAAUUUUUAGAGCAAGCU